GAGUUCAGCCACAGGAGAAGCAGCAGUGGUCAAAGGUAUCUCACCUGGAAACUGUCCCACAGUCUCCCAGUCUCUCAGUGUGGUCCCUGAACCCAGCAGACGACAUGUCUCUGCUUCUGUAUCUGGGAGGACUGGUCGCGCUGCUGCUGCUGUGGAUCCGAGUCAAAGGUCUCGACUACGUGAUCGUUCACCAGCGGUGGAUCUUUGUGUGUUUGUUCCUGCUGCCGCUGUCCGUCAUAUUCGAUGUCUAUUACUAUGCGCGCACGUGGCUCAUAUUCAAGAUGUGUUCUGCGCCCAAACUGCACGACCAGCGGGUGCGAGACAUCCAGAGACAGGUGCGUGAGUGGAAGAAGGACGGGGGUAAGACCUUCAUGUGCACCGGUCGGCCCGGCUGGCUCACCGUGUCUCUCAGAGUCGGCAAAUACAAGAAAACACACAAAAACAUCAUGAUCAAUAUGAUGGACAUUCUGGAGGUGGACACAAAGAAGCAGGUGGUGAGAGUUGAGCCGCUGGCCAACAUGGGCCAGGUAACCGCUUGCCUCAACCCGAUUGGCUGGACUCUGCCAGUGCUGCCGGAGCUGGAUGACCUCACUGUGGGUGGUUUGGUGAUGGGUACAGGCAUUGAGUCGUCCUCUCAUAUUUACGGCCUGUUUCAGCACAUCUGUGUUGCAUUUGAACUGGUGCUAGCUGAUGGCAGUUUAGUUCGCUGCACUGAGGAGGAAAACUCCGACCUGUUCCACGCUGUCCCGUGGUCCUGUGGUACUCUGGGAUUCCUGGUCGCAGCUGAAAUCAAAAUAGUCCCCACUAAAUCGUGGGUGAAGCUGACCUAUGAGCCAGUCAGAGGGCUGGAGAACAUCUGCAAGCGCUUCACCGAAGCGUCGGAGAACAAGCAGAACACGUUCGUCGAGGGCCUCCAGUACAGUCUGGACACUGCUGUCAUCAUGACGGGAACCAUGACUGACAACGCAGAGCCUGAUAAGAUUAACAGGAUCGGGCUGCACUUUAAACCCUGGUUCUUCAAACACGUGGAGAGCUACCUGACGAAUGACCACACUGGAGUGGAGUACAUUCCUCUGAGACAGUACUACCACAGACACACACGCAGCAUCUUCUGGGAGAUUCAGGACAUCAUCCCAUUCGGUAACAAUCCGGUCUUCCGCUGGGUUUUCGGAUGGAUGGUUCCUCCUAAGAUCUCUCUGUUGAAGCUCACACAGGGAGAGACCAUCAGGAAGCUUUACGAACAGCACCACGUGGUCCAGGACAUGCUGGUUCCCAUGAAGAAUCUGCAGGACGCCAUCACAUGCUUCCACAAGAACAUCAAAGUUUACCCUCUGUGGCUGUGUCCGUUCCUGUUGCCUUCAGGCAGAGGGAUGGUUCAUCCCAAAGGUGAAGAGGAUGAGCUGUACGUGGAUAUCGGGGCUUACGGAGAACCUAAAGUCACACCCUUUGAAGCUAAAGCAACAACACGUCAGCUGGAAAAGUUUGUGAGAGAUGUGCACGGGUUCCAGAUGCUGUAUGCAGAUGUGUACAUGGACCGAGAGGAGUUCUGGGAGAUGUUUGAUGGACAACUGUAUCACAAACUGAGAGAGGAACUGGGCUGUAAAGAGGCCUUUCCCGAGGUUUACGACAAAAUUAGUAAAUCUGCUCGACACUGAGACAAUGUCUGCAACUCACAAUAUGAAGACAUUUCCUCAAAAGCAAUAAGCUGUUUUACACAAAGAGACAUAUCAGACUUUUCUAUGGUGGAAUUAAGCUUUGUACAAACAAGCUAAAACGAUAGACUGUGUCUUUAAGGUUCAGUGAUUCUAAUCUAGUGACAUCUAUUAGUGAAGUUGCGUGUUUAAUGACAAGCCUUCAGUUUAAUUAUUUGAAUACAAACAGGCCAUUCUAGGGUAAAGAAAACAACAAUUUGUCAAAUUCAGAUGAAACACACUAGUGAAACUUGACAAGGAUUAUUUUAUAUUCAACUUCUGCCAAUAUAUCACUUUCUUACACGCUGGACCUUUUAAGAACGCUCUCCUAUCAAUGUGAAACAGGAGCACAAGUAUCAUUAAGCUUUGAAGUCAUGAAUGUAUUCACUAUUUCCUUUUACUGUGCACAAGUAUUUAACACUCAUGGUUAAAUUUGCAGCUUGAAUAAAAAACGUAUAUGUAUCAUGUGCUUGUUUCAGAGCGUACUUCAACAAAGGUCUUAUUUUUUCCCCUUCUUUUAAAGUGUGUUAUAUAACUUUACUUUACUAUACUGUAACACCCAAGUGCUGUACACUCAUUACAUAUUACCUCCUAAUUAGCUUCAUACAGACAUUUUAGCACUCUUUAUGUAGAGUCCAGAUAAAAACAAACUGUAAAAAAUUGGCUUCUAUUUUGACAUGUAAAUGAGAUCAUUGAACCAUUGAAUGUAACCGUAUCAAACCCUUUUGGUUUUAAAAUGUACGUUAUAGAGUGGUUUCCCCAUUGUCCUUCAUUUGUCACAGAAUAAUGUAUGGAUAUUCUGAUGAAAGAAAUCAGGAGUGAUAUUAAUGCGUGUGAAAUUUUGUGCAGAUCCAAAUAAAAAUGCUGGUCUACUGA